CUCGCUCUCGCUGGCAACCCCUCCAUCCCCGCCACACUGUUUCUUCACCUUGCCAUUCGCUGCCCAACAUCAGCCCGUUCAACUGACUUUUGUCACGCCUGAAUCCUGACUGCCUGUCUUGCCCGGCUACAAAACUUACCGUUGUUGUGCUUUUAAGGCGGUAGUUCCCGGUCAUAUUGGCCUGAGGCAAUCAAGAACCAAGCCCUGAAAGCGUCGGGCACGCGCCCAACCUCAGAGCCCCAAUCUGGAUUACAUACUGGAUACUCGUCGCCUGCCAGCUGAACCGCCCUGCUCCAACAUCUUCCAUCAUCUUUUGCGUCCUUCCCAUCAAAUCACCUCAUCCGCCUUGCAGUCUUAUCUCCCACCAAAUUCACCGCUUCAAACCACAAAUUCUCUCCCACAACUUUCCGUGCGUUAUCAAUUUCAGACUGCUUUUGUCCUCGAGACAGUCCUCCCCUCCCCCCAGCCUGAUUGUGCCCUGCAUUUGCGCUCAGCAUGGGCUCCGUCUACCGAGACCGCUAUGACGACUCCCGAACCUCCGUUUCCUCCGCUCGACGCGAUGGUGGAUACACAACAGUCAAGCGCUACGUGGUAAAAGAAGAUGACAGCCGCUCAGCCAUCGGUCGAGACCGCCGAUCUUUCAUCCCGGAUCGUGCAGGCGAGCGAGUGGAAGAGACACGGAUUGUCCGUCGUGAACGUGAGGUUGAAGAGCCCGUGCGCGAGCCGCGCCGGGACGACGCUCGCGUGUCCGAGCGUGAGCUUGUCAUACGCCGUGAGCGGGACGAUGAACCUCGACGAGACCACUAUGAAAGAGAUUACUACGACGUCAGGCGUGAAGAUCCUGUGGAAAGAGAGCUUGUCAUUCGGCGAACCACCGAGCGUGACGAACCUCGUCGAGACGACCUUACAGUCACAAGAUUUGAUGACCGAGGUCGGGAUGUUCGCCUCACUGAAACUACUCGCUACCGAGAUGAUUUCGAAGUUCUCCCACCUACCCGUGGUGGCUUCGACGAACGAGACCUCCAGAAAUACACCCGUACGGCGGAAUACUUUAGUCCGCCACCCCCUCCGCCUCAAACAAUAAUUAUCCGCCAAGAACCCAUUAUCAUCCGAGAACGAGUUCGAGACGAUGAUUACCAAAUCGUGCGUAAAUCUGAUGUGGAAGACGAGCGAAGCGUCGUCCGCCGGGAACCACCACGUGGUGAAGAGGACUUUUUCUACGAGAAGAAGGUCCGUGAGCGGCUUGAUGAACCGGAUGACUAUUACGAGCGUCGGGCUCGGCGAGGCCGGUCUUUGAGCCCACAUGACUCUGUUUCUCAACGAGGCCGCGACUACAGCAGUGACGACAGUAUGGUCUAUGUGCGGAAAGAGACUCGCGAAGAGGAAAGCCCCAGUCCUCACCGUCGUAGAAACCUUGCUGCUGGUGUUGUUGCUGGGAUCGGAGCUGCCGAGCUUCUUCGACAUCACAAAAAGAAGGAAGGGAAGGACACUUCUCAAGGUAUUGGCCGCGUUGGCCGUGACGUGGGUGCUGGUGCGCUAGGAGCUCUUGCGGUAGAGGGUAUUGAGCGGUACCGAAGCAGAAGUCGCCGACGUUCGCGAAGCCGCUCCUCAAGCCGUCAUCGCUCUCGCUCCCGACGACGACGGAGCCGGUCUCGCUCCGAGUCACCAUCAAAACUGAAGACCCUAGGAGCCGUUGGCCUAGGUGCAGCAGCUCUGGCGGCGGCAGCCACAUUUGCUGGCAAGCGUCUCGCGAAAGGCAAGGAAGAUGAUGGAGGCCGUCGCAGUCGUUCUCGACGGCGAUCAAGGUCCAGAUCAGCUUCUAUCUCGAGCCUAGAAAAUGACCCGUCAGCUCCGGCCAGCGAUGCUCGCAAUCCUCGCCAUCGCAACAAGAGGAUGGCCGAAGCUGGUGCUGCCGGCGCUAUCGUAGCAGGGCUCAUUGAGCGUGCCAGAAGCAAGUCUCGGGCCAGAGACGGCAAGGAGCGCUCUCAAAGCCGUGUUCGGCAGGCUCUUCCUGUGGUCGCGGCAGGCUUAGGCAGUGCCGCGCUAGCUGGUCUCUACGAGAAGAACAAGGCCAAGAAAGAGGCCGAACUGAUCGCCAAGGAUGGACGUCGUGCACGUUCAAGAUCCAGAAGCAGAGCUCGAUCUGAUGCCUAUUAUGAUGGACCACGAGAGGGCGCUGUUAGCGAUCCCGGACUGAUCGAGUAUGGCAACGGUCCGAUGUACGGCAAUAAUUUUGGUCCAGAUUAUUAUGGUAGGCCGCCGCCACCGGAAGGUUACUAUGGUACUUCAAACGCUGUAGUCCCAGCUGCGGCUGCCGGUACCGCUGCUGCGUAUGGGGCGCAGAGAGCGAGAAGUCGAAGUCGAAGCUUGAGCCGUGAACGAGGCGGUCGAAGAUCUUCUCGCAGCUCUAGCUCUUCCCCUGACCGGCGUCAAAGUCGCCGCCGGUCGUCAAGAGAUGCUACAAAGAUGGCUGCUGCUGCAGGUGCUGGAGCAGUUGCUGCUUCUGAGUACGAUAGACGCAAGCAGGAGAAGCGUGAGCGCAAAGCAAGAAGGCGUCGUGAAGAAGAAGGAGGAUAUGGCCACGAUCCUUACGAAGACAGCUACAACCCUAACCAGCAAUAUCCUCCUACGCCUCCUCCCCCCGUCAAUGACCCCUACGCUUCACAACAAGGUUUCUAUCCCCAGACAAGCCAGUUCCCGCCUCCUCCAGGAGCUGUACCACAGCAGCAGUAUCCUCCACAAACCUCAAAUCCAGGUGCGACGACGGGAAAUCCAUAUGGACAGGCUUAUCCACCUCCACCACCUGGUCCUCCACCAAAUGCCACUGGCACCAAUUAUGAGGCAUAUGCUUCUGGUGCGAAUCCUUACGCACCGCGUGGUCCUGAAAAUGUGAGUGCCGUGCCGAAUUUUACUUCUGGCGGUCCUUUUGCAUCUGCCACUCCCAAUGACCAGAACCAUGUCAAUGGUGUAAAUGGGACAGUGUCUGCUCCAACUCCCCCGCCAUUCGCCGAUGCCGAUCCGGCUGCGGCUGCUGCUCCAUCAAGUUAUGAACCUCCUCGUGGCCACCUGAGUCCACAAAAUGCAGAUGCUCCUUUGACUGAAAGAUCAACAUCUCCGGCACGUUCUCGAUCGCAACCACCUCCAUCCGGUAGAAAGAGUGUUCAAUUUGCUGAAGCCCCACAAGUAACCACCGUUUCUGAUACGACACUGGGAGGAUCCGAAGCUUCGAGUCCUGAACGUCAUCACGAGAGACAGAAGCACUCACUAUCCGGCGGAUACGAAGCAGGAGAUGAUACAGAUUCUACACUAGACCAACUUCGUCGAGGAGCGCGUGAACAACCAUCUCGGUCUCUUGACCCAGGUUCGAGGGAUCGAAGGCACCAUCGACGGCGCCGGUCUCAUGAGCCCACUUCGUCUCGUGGCGAGCCAAGCAGUAGUUCGAGAGGUCCAGAACUUGAACGAGUCACAAGCCCAGCCGAUUCGGACGCGACAGUCGAGCUACCGGCAAGAUUUGACGAGAAAGGCCGCAAAAAGCCGGAACCAGGACAGGACCCUCUAGCAGACAAGAUCGAGGAGAUUUUGGCCGGGAGAGGCGCGGCCGGAAAGAUGUUUGGCAACUUUUUGGAUGGACUCCUCGGCCCGGAUGGCAGGAGGAAAAAGAGCAGAUGACACAAUACAGAUGUUUGCAGAAGGUACGACAUGGUGACAAUUGGAGCACCGCGCCACGAAUUUCAUUUGGUUACUGAUUGGAAAGGUAUCUUGGAGUUAUGCUUGGUUAAAGUGAUUUCCCUACUCAUGAAAUGACGAGCUGCAGAAACAACCAGCCAUGAUGAGCCUGAUGAGCCUGAUGAGCCUGAUGAGUC